AUGGUUCACACAGCAUUUCUGCCUGUACUUCUUGUGUCGGCGCUUUGCAAUGUUGCGCCUACUAUUGCCGAGAAACAAACACGCCCAAAUGUUGUUUUCAUCCUGGCAGACGACCAGGAUGCAAAACUCAACAGUCUUGACUAUAUGCCGAACGUACAGGAGCUACUCGUUGACCAAGGCACCCAUUUCAAGAGUCAUUACUGCACAGUAGCGUGGUGCUGCCCUUCCCGCGUGAGCAUGUGGACCGGAAAGGCGGCGCAUAACACUAAUGUUACGAAUGUCGAGACGCCAUAUGGUGGUUAUCCAAAAUUCGUCCAAGAAGGACUUAACGACAAUUGGGUUCCGGUAUGGCUGCAGUCAGAAGGGUAUCAGACGUACUACACAGGGAAGCUUAUGAAUGCUCACAACGUUGUCAAUUACUUCCAGCCUUUCCCGAAAGGUUUUACAGGUUCGGACUUUCUGCUCGAUCCAAACACAUACAACUACAUAAACCCGAUCUUCCAACGCAACAAAUUGCCUCCGGUUUACCACACAAACGAUUAUUCCACUGAUCUUGUCCGCAAGAAAGCCCUCGCCUUCAUGGACGAUGCAAUAAAGAAGCCGGACUCCCCAUUCUUUGUCACUGUGGCUCCAAUUGCGCCUCACUCAGACUACACUGUUACCCUCAAUAUCGGCGGGGAUCCACCCUAUGGUGUUAACAUCACCCCUCCAGUUUCGGCGGACGAGUACAAAGACCUGUUCCCGGACGCAGCUGUACCACGCGGUCCCAGCUUCAAUCCAGACGUACCUUCGGGUGUUGACUGGAUUGCCGAGUUACCUCAGCUGUCUGCAGAGAACAUCACGUACAACGAUCUCCUCUAUCGGCAGCGGCUGCGCGCACUACAGUCUGUUGACGAGAUCGUCAAAGAUGUUGUCGACAAACUUGAACAGGCCGGUAUCCUUGACAACACAUACAUCUUCUACUCAAGCGACAACGGCUACCACAUCGGACAACAUCGUCUUGCUCCCGGGAAAGGCUGUGGCUUCGAGGAGGAUAUCAACGUCCCGCUUGUUGUGCGCGGACCUGGGGUCCCUGCUGGCAAAGUCAUCACUCGCUCCACAACGCAUACGGAUCUUGCUCCUACCUGGUGGCAGAUCUUGGGCAUACCGCUUCGCGAGGAUUUCGACGGCAUGCCCAUUCCACUCACUGACGCCGGUCUUACCGAACUUGAAGAGAGCAAGCGCGCGAAAGAACACAUCCAGAUCGAAUUCUGGAGCAAGAGCAACCCGCAGGAAUACAACCAGGACCAGGGACUCGAGGUCAACAGCACAUACAAGGGUAUCCGCAUUGUCAGUGAAGAUUAUGGAUUCUACUACGCGGUGUGGUGUUCUAACAGCCAUGAAUUGUACGACAUGAAGUCCGAUCCGUCCCAAAUGACGAAUCUCUAUGCAGCCUCGAACAGCACCGCUACUACUUCCUAUAACACCUCCACGCCUCUCGGUCGUCCACUUUCAGCUCUCACCGCCCGCCUCGAUGCCCUCAUUCUUACAUUGAAGACCUGCAAAGGUGCCACAGCGUGUACCGAGCCUUGGAAUACUCUGCUUCCUGGUGAGGACGUCUACACACUGGCUGAGGCUAUGGAUGAGAAGUACGAUGAUUACUUCGCUGGGCUGCCGAAGGUUGAAUUUGAUCGAUGCGAGGAAGGUUACAUUGCUGAUGCUGAAGGUCCGGUGUGGACGGAGCAGCUAGAGUGGUCAGAGGGAGAUUUUGUCGGGAGAAGUCUAUCGGAGGCAGGGUGGGAUGUCAACAUGCUCGCCAGGAAGGGAAGACAUGCGCUGAAUAGACCCUGA